AUGGCCACGGCGAGGCUCCCCUUCUCUAUCAUCAGCUCGGUAUUUGAGUGCAUCUACCACAACAAGCCUCCAAUUCCUGAGCUGCAAUUAAAGAUCGUACCCGUGGGGCCAACAUCAUUCAAGUUGACUCCUCCGUCCUUUGAAUUUGAAGAUGGCCUCUAUGUUCUGUACAAGACGCGCCGUCCUCUCGACUUCUCCGAGAUCCCCUCGCAUUUGAGACACCUCGUGGCCUCGCCAGAAGCAACAAAGCCGAGUGACUGGAGACUGAGUGGACCUCAAUAUCCAAAGACGGCAUCCCAAUUCCAGCAGAGGUACUGCUACCCUGAGGGGAGAGAAGAAUAUUGCGGAACCAAAGGAGGGGUGAUGUGGACAAUGUAUAGACCCGAUGGCAGAGAAGACACCAUGGUUCGUCUUUUCCACGUUUACCAUACGUUCAAACGUCUAUCCAACAAGAUUGCGAAAGCCACCGCUAAGUCGAUCGACCCAAGCAACUUAGUUUCCAGAAGCAAACUGAGCCUGAGUGAUGCGGGAACAACUGCAAACCAGUUCAACGGAAGUAUCAGGAUGCCUAUCACUGAGCAAAACAGGUCUCGUAUCAACAUUUCAUUCCACAACUUUGUCGACCUGACAGGACCUCGUCAUGGAAGCAGGUCGAAGAGAAAGAUUGAAAACUCGGACAAUAGUAGUAGAAGCAGCCACUCCCCAAACACAACGAAGCGCUCGCGGAAAUCCCGAGAGCACCAAUGGCAGCGUCAAUGCCGUGAUCAAUGCCCAGAACCUCCACAGCGAACGUCUGCUUCCUCUCGCUGUGACAAUGCUAGUGGCACAGCCGUUGAUAACGACGAGAUUCUUCUGUUUCACUACCUCUUGUCAAUAGAAGAACCCAUCAGCGAGUUUGUAGAUCAAGGCGAGGUUGAGUUGUCCUUUCGUGAGAGAUCCGGGCUUGUGGGUGUUGGUAAGGACAAAGAAACUCUACGGAGGAUCUGCCUGAUGGCACACCGAAACCAGUUCUGCAUAAUUGGGAAAGAAGCACUUCAAUACCCAGACUAUCCAAUUGUUGAGUAUGAUGGCUCUCAGCCCCUUGACCAGUUUUGUACGAAUGAGUAA